AUGCCAUUCAACUUCAAUGCUAUGAGCUCACCUCAGAAACUUCGCCUACCGGAAGGUUUACUUACCUCACGCUAUGAUGAGGGCAUAGUUGUCCUUCGUCGUCUCAUAGAAGAUAACCACAAGCAGAACCGACUGCUGUAUAAAGAAGUUCUACACAAUCAUGUCCAACAUGGCUUGAUAGCUGCGUACUGCCUUGGAAGCAGCAGCGCAGGGUUAAGACAACUAUUUUCAGAGGAGAUAAAGGAACUUGAACCACGCGAAGAGUCCAAUGGUGAAAAAAUCACGACGGAACUUGUACUUGAUGAGCUCUUAGGACAUAAAGAAAAUGAGCUGGAUUUUACUAUAUAUUUUGAACAACAACGCUGCAAUUCUGGCGUUAAUGGACAGGAAGCUUUGCAGUACUGGGUUCUCGAUCGGAAGACAGAAUUCUUACCAGGCUUUAUUGGCGGCUAUGCUCAUCCACUAAUAAUGUUUGCUGAUGCAGUGGAGCUGGGUAGCUCGAUGUUGGCUUUUGAUGCCCUUGCUCUCACUGCCACAGACUGGGGCCCCCUAACAACUAUAAUCACUAUGGAUCUACCACCGCCGGAGAUUUGCCCGAAUUCUUUGAUGGAGAUACUCGAUGCAAUCCGGAACGACUCUUGUUUUGACCAUGUCGUUCCCAGCCCUGGCAUUCAGCACAUUGCAAAAAUUCUCCAUUAUGGGCCUGCAGCAACAGCAAUCAUAAGGUACCUAAGUAUGGGUAACGAGUAUAUUCUGCGACCGGAGUUCAAUCUCCAACUCACAGAGGAAAUGGUAGAGAUUGCUAUCUAUCUUCUCAUGUGCACCCAUGUUCCUGGAGCACCAGCCUUUGACUUUUAUCUGAACCAUAAUCUGACGUUUGUUAAUUGCCUACGUAUUCUGCUACCUGUAUUUGAACACGCAGAUGCAAAGAAAACCCUGUUACGGAUAUAUUGGCUACUAACUAUCCUUGCUUUUGUAACACAGGGACGACCAGUGAUCAACACAAAAUUGAUCCAGUCUCGCGAUGUAAGGCCUUCACAUGCUGAUUGGGACGAUAUAAAGAAUGCUGCACUCAAUCCGAUUGGAACUAUGAAUCCCAAAAGAAUUUUUGAUGCUCAUUUUCUCAAGGCUGUCCAUAUUAUGCAUACAUUUGGUUUGGUCAUGGAAGAUAUGGAGCCCCUAGUGCUCGCAGCAGUCCGAAAGUUUGUGGGGGAAUUCAAUAAUUGGGUUGGAUUUGGAGCCUCUUAG